AUGCACGUGUUUUACGUUAUCUUCUUUGUCAUUGCUACUGUUGUGUGCACAGCGUAUCGCCACGACGGUCGGGAACUAGCAGUGGCCCUUCUCAACUCCACUAUACUUCUCUUUGACCCCGACGAAGGCAUUCAGUUGGGCAGCAUUGAGGGUCGUUGUGAUCUCGAUGUCGCUCAAGUCUCCAAUGAGGAUCGUGUCACUCCCCACAGGGCUGCCAAGGAGAGGUGA